AUGGCCUCACCAGGAGGCUCCAAAGUCUUUGAAUGGGAUUUAACUGUGCUGAACCACACCAGCUACCACUCAUACAGCCGAGGCCUUUUCCUCUUACUGAUCUUUUUCUCCCUAGUUAUUUUCAUCACCACCUUGUUCCUCUAUGCUCAUUGGAUUUGUAGCCAACGCCGCCCCUCAACUGCUGCUGCACAGAAUGCAACCCCAGCUCCCUCCCCCGGGCUUGACCCUGAUUUUAUCAAUAGUUUGCCAAUCGUUUGGCAUCGCUCUGUGGUCCCAAACAGUAAAGGCAAAAAUGGUUUUAUCGAAGAAACUGAAUGCUCUAUCUGUCUAGGCCUUUUUGAAGAUGAAGAGAAGCUAAAGGUUUUGCCAGAAUGUAACCAUGCAUACCAUUCUGAGUGUGUUGACAAGUGGCUUAGUUCUCAGUCAAGCUGCCCUCUUUGUAGAGCUUCUUUGAGUCCCAUCACUCCUUGA